UUCGAAAUUUUAGUCUAUGGAUCGUGUCCAUUGUUUUUCUACAAUGUUAUUUUUCUGACUGCUGCUGGUGCACGAAAUAUUUGUCUCGCUGCGUCGAGUGUGACUUUGUGCUAGUGUUCGUGUUCGAUAUUGUGAUUUAUUCGAAAUAGAUCACGAAGAUGUCGUCACCGAGCGCUGGAAAACGCCGUAUGGACACAGAUGUCAUCAAACUCAUUGAGAGUAAGCACGAAGUUACAAUCCUCGGAGGCCUUAACGAGUUUUGCGUAAAAUUCUUUGGACCUCCAGGAACACCGUACGAGGGCGGCGUCUGGCGCGUGCGAGUUCACUUACCUGACCACUAUCCAUUCAAAUCUCCAUCCAUCGGCUUCAUGAACAAAGUUUACCAUCCCAACAUAGACGAAGUGUCUGGCACUGUCUGCCUUGACGUCAUCAAUCAAGCCUGGACGGCGCUAUAUGAUCUGUCGAACAUCUUUGAGUCGUUCCUGCCGCAGCUGCUGACAUACCCCAACCCCAUCGACCCUCUGAACGGCGACGCGGCCGCAAUGUACCUACACAAGCCCGAGGAGUACAAGAAAAAAGUCUCCGACUACGUGCGAAGAUUUGCCACCGAGGAGGCGCUGCUAGAAAAGGACGCGAUCACCGGCAUGGGCGGCGCGACCGCCUCGGGCAAGAUGAAUGGCGCGCACGCGAGCGAUACAGAGAGCUCCAUGAGCGACUUCAGCGACGACGCCGCACACGACAUGGAGUUAUAACGUCAGCCGCACACUCCCUGCACGCGUCCGGCACGUCGCGCGCGUCCGGCACGUCGCGCGCGUCCGGCACAUCUCGCGCGUCCGGCACGUCACGCGCGCGCUCGCCCCGUGUAGCAGUCGCGCCCUGUUCACCGGCACACCAAGGGAGAGAGAUAGGUAAGCUAGUGCUCCCACUUCUCUUUUACGUCUAUUUCAGGUUUUAAAACAUUUUUUGCAGCAAUUUUAAAUUAUGUUCUUUAUUCAAAUUGUGUCGUGUAGUCAUUGUCUGUGGUAUAUUUUGAGGGUACAGUUGAACUAUGGGAUAUGGCAAUACUAGAAUUGGGAAUAUCACAAACAAUUUACAAUAUGUCUUGUGCAAUUUUUCGAAUUAUUACUUUUAUCAGUUUUAAUCUUGACG